UCCCUCAUCUCCUUUCCUCCCUUAUCGGGCUAUCCUCAUUUGGGAUCUUCCCAUACCCCAGACAAAAAUGUUACUGGCGUCCUCACUCAAUUCUUUGAAGAUUUCCAAUCCAUUCCUCCAUGGCAUCACUCUCUCAAAACCCUCACCAAUCCCUCCUCCAUCCCUUUCGCGACCCUCCUUUAUGCCUCCAAUCAGGGCAUUGAAAUCAAUGCAGGGCAAAGUAGUUUGCUCCACAAGCAACAAGACCGUAGCGGUGGAGGUGACCCGCCUGGCGCCACACCCCAAGUACAAGAGGAGAGUGAGGAAGAAGAAGAAGUACCAGGCUCACGAUGAGGAUAACCAGUUCAAAGUUGGGGACAUCGUUCAGCUUCUCAAAAGCAGACCCAUUAGCAAGACCAAGGCUUUUGUUGCCAUGCCUGUACAGGUUCGGAAGAAGAAUAAGGAGAAGAAGGAGGAGAGUGAGGGAAGCCAAGAUGGGGUGGCACAGGAGCUUGGAAUUCCUUUGGAGUCUCAGCAAGGGGAGGAGCUACAGGCUUAGUGUGAGGUCUGUUGUUUGAGAUUAUUUUGUAUUGUUAAUUUGGUUCUGUUUGGGAUAGUUUCUUGUUUGAAGACAAUGAAAUUAUCAUCUUUUUCAGAAUUUGUUAUUUCCUGGUAUGGAUUGCCCUGGCAUCACAGUUACUGUUAUCUU